CUAAAACAUAAUACAGUGCAAACAAACCACACCAACCACCCACCCACAGAUAACAGUACAUACAAGCAAGCGUCGUCAGGCAGGCCGGGUCAAUAUCAAUAGGGCAGGUAGGUACAGGGGGAGCAAGCGGAGAUGGGUCGGGGUCACAGGCCAGGUUCAGCAGGUAGCAAGCAGCGUGGUACAGAGGGUCAGGCAGAGGGAUGGUCAGGAGCAAGCCGGGAUCAGAGCAGGAGAAGUCAGCAGCGGUUCAGAUCAGGCAGGGUCAGCAAAGGAACAGAAACAGGAUGCAGGACAGAUACAGGGCCCAGGACAAACACAACACCAAGGCAGAGUCUGCAAGUCUGGCCA